AUGCGCUCCCCACCCGAGCCGCGUCGAGGCAGGGGCAGGCCGGCCAAAAACCCUGAUUCAAACUCGAAAUCCACCAAAAUCGUCACAGCUGCCGCAAAGGCGCGAUCCGCUGUUCCGUCAAACCUGACCGCGAACACGAAGAGCACGGCUGCUAAGAGGAAGACGAGGACCGAUGACGCGGAGGAAGAACAACAGGCAUCUCUGGCCAAGCGGCCGCGGGGGCGGCCUCCUAAGAAACCGGUCGAAGAACAUGAUAAUGGCGCUGCGAAGCCCGCAGGUGCAGCUUCAGCGAUGGCGUCUACCGGAGCAUCACGAGCCAAAGUAAAUGCGAAGAAAGGAGUGUCAGAAAUCGCAAAGGAAGAGCCAGCGGCGCCGAAGCCGACGCGAGGCCGGCCGAGAAAAGUUGUAUCCAAGCCCGAAGAAAGCGACAAACAGCCUGAGCCGCCGAAGAAGGCGACGCGUGGACGUCCACCAACAGUGAUGAAAUCAGCCUCAACGACAACAACAACAGGAGCCAAUAAGCCGCCGGUCAAGAAGGUGGUAAAGUUCAGAGAACCCGACAAGGAGAAUGUAGAGCCCGCUGCAAGUCCACCGGAGCCUGCUCCGACUGGCAUGCGUGGUCGUCCAGCACGACGAGGCGGUGCGGCAGCAACCCGGACUACGACAAGACCUGCCGCGAAGCCGUCGAAACCUCAAGGCGACAGCAAGAAGCCGCUCAGCCCCAAGAAGAUUACGCAGUUAACUCUUACACAAUAUGAUUCUGAAGAUGAGCUGUCAUUGGAGAAGCCAUUGACAAAGAGUCCAAUUAAGCCUCCGUCUAAGAAGUCAGAAAUGGCACCGAUUGAGAUUGAGCCUGAGAUGUCAACUGUUGCCGUGAAUACCGCCAUGUUCGAUCUGCCAGAGCUUAAUGCAACCCUUUUUGGAUCGCCGGCCAGACGACCUACCUCGCCACCUCGAGAUACCAUAAAGUCUCCAGCCAAGAGGAUUGCGAUGCCAUUGCCAGGAUCUGCAUUAAAGUUGAGCAAUGAACCGGUUGCCCAGACACCUUUCAAGUCUUCUUCGACGCUCCUGCAGUCAGCCGCCAAGCGACCGCAGUCUCCUAUGAAGCCUUUUAUCUUUUCGGCUCAGAAGCAGCCGGCAAAUGAAAUACAAUCAACAACGAAGCCUUCCAUGCUCCAGUCGCCGGCGAAGCGAGCAUUCCCAGGCUUCAAAUCGCUCUCGGAUACUCGCCACCCAGAUCUCCCAACUCUGGAUGAGUCUCCUAUUGCAACUCCAUCUCGGCCAGCCAAAGCUUCACAAAAGCUCUUGAUUGAAGAAGAUGAGCACAAAGAUGAAUACGAAGAUGAACACGAAGAUGAAGAGGAUGACCCUUUUGCGGUCCCAAUUAUAGAUCUUCGAUUUUCCAGGAGUCCAUCCACUGCGCCAUUCCGACAAGCCGAUUUAGUCUCUGCGGAGGAAGAGGCGGGGGAAGAGGUAGAGGCUGACGUGCAACGUGAGGCUGAAAUUGACUCUGAGGGAGAGGCAGGAGAUGGAGAUGAAGUAGAGGAUGAGGAUGAGGCGCAAGAAGAAGGGGAUGAAGCAGAAGCGGAAGUGGACAGAGAGGCGACAGCAGAGGCGGAAGUGGAGGGGGCGCUUGAGAUUGAAGAAGAGGGAGUGGAAGAAGAAGAAGAAGAAGAAGAAGAGCUGCAGCCCGCUGCCGAUCCAGAAACUCUAGAAGCAGAGGAAGACGCCGGGGAAGAGACCGAAGAAGAGGCAGAUGAUGCCGCCGAAGACAGUAUCAUUGUCGCAACAGAAGAGUCUGACAAUAUACCGACCGAAACUGAGGAUAUGGAUGCAGAUGAAGGCGCAGAUGAAGAAGACAAUGAAGGCCACAAUGGGGGUGAGGAUGAAGAUGAGGACGAUUCAGAAGACACAAUGGUUCUUGACGACCAUGCCACCGAAGAAGAGGAAGAGGAAGAAGAUGCUGAUUCUUCCCCAAAAGUCGAGACUCCAGCAGAUGCCCUCUACCAGCUCCGAGAGAAAGAUCUGGAUCCCUGUCAUGAUAUGAGCUCAAUGGCUGAAGAUGCAGAUGAUACGCUGCCAUUUGAGAGACUUGCUGCCACGCCUUCUGUCCUUGAAGAAACAACGCCAAGGACUCGUACCAGUGCCAUGAAGGGGUCUCGCAGGUCCACUCUGGGAUUCUCAUCUCUAUCUGACCAGCUCGGGUCUUGGUCAGCUGCAAGCCCUGUCAAACACGCUGUUUCGUUUGCGGAAGAACCUGAGCUAUCAUACGCUCAGGACCAUGAGAACCUUGAAGACGAAAUCGCAGAGAAUAUCGAGGAGCAAGACGUGGAUGAGGAGACUAUGAUUAUGGACGAAGAUGCAGCUCUUGCUCAAGAGACUAACGAAAUGACUCUGUCGGAUCCUAUGGAGGGCGAAGAUACAUCUAGUACUCGUCAAUCUUUUGAUGAUAGCCUAUCGGAUGCUAGCCAGGAGUAUGGAGAUGAGAACCAAGUCCCAGUUGAGAGCGCUGUGCCUAUUCCAGAGCCUCGAGCAGCGCCCGUAACUCCCGUUGGCCGUCCUAUGACGCGAUCUUUCAACACAACGACCAAGAUUCCGACCAAGCCAGCCGUUAUUUCGACCCCAAGUCCGUUAAAAAAGAAAAGCUUCAGCGCUUCUCGUGCUGCCCCCAAGCGCCCCGACCAACCGAAACGAGGUGCCCCGGUCCUGUCUUAUUCUCCAAAGAAGCAGCAGCAGCCGCUAAGGCGAAGCUCACGGAAUAUCAGCGCCAUUUCUGAGGAGCCUGAUCAGAGGAUCGAGCCGUCUACGCCAGUAGCGGAAGCAGAAAAGGCUUCAAAGGUGGAAACGCCUGAGCAGAGUGUUGAACCGUCUACACCAGAAUCCAAGGCAGAUCUAUGGGCAAAGAUGGGAACACCUGCGCGCACUCCUCGCAAAGACCUCAACUCCAACCUGCUUCGUGGGGCCAUUGUCUUUGUCGACGUCCACACAAGCGAAGGCGCGGAUGCGAGUGGCAUCUUUGUUGAGCUGCUCACCCAGAUGGGUGCCCGGUGUCUGCAAAAAUGGAGCUGGAACCCCAACAGCGCAAGCAACAGCGAGUCGACCAAAGUGGGCAUCACCCACGUCGUCUUCAAAGAUGGCAGUAAGCGGACUCUGGAGAAGGUUAGGCAGGCCAACGGCGUGGUUCAGUGCGUGGGUGUGAGCUGGGUCCUGGACUGUGAGCGUGACAACAAGUGGCUUGAUGAGUCGCCAUACCAUAUCGACACAAGCUACGUUCCUCGCGGAGGCGCACGCCGCCGGAAGAGCAUGGAACCCAAAACUGUCUCUAACCAGAACGGCUCUGCGGUCAGCGGUUCGCCCAAGGGGAGGCGGGAGUCCGCGCCUCCUGCUUCAUCUUCUCCCAAGACACCCAAUCGUAGGCAGAGCAGCAUCUGGAUCCACACGCCGUCCGAUACUAGCGAGGAGCAGGAGGAGAAGGAAGAGGAGGACAUUGAAUGGUCCAACAUGAUUCUAACUCCUGUACCCAAGACGCCGGCUCCAGAAGCGCUUAUGAAGUUUGCUACUGAGACACCGUCCAACCUUGAAGAUGAGGAUGAAUAUGAGGAUGACGAGAGCCCGUCGCUGAGGAGAGAAGAGUUGAUGACCCGAACCUGUCCACCCAAGGCACAAAGGUUUGUGGAGCUCGGCGGUGGCAUUCUGUCCAGGGACAGUGAUGAGAAUGUGAUGAUGCGGCUGAUGGCUGCUCGGCGCAAGAGUUUGCAAUUUGCUCCCAAAGUGGGCAGCCCCCUGGCCAAGAUGUGGCACUAG